CUUCAUUAGUGAAUUGCUCCCGGAGGUAUUCGCCGCCGGGUCCCACCGACGCACGCGGAGAAUUCACCAAGAGUCAACCCCGCGUUUCGAUUACGGGUCCCAAAUCCUCGGUAUGCACGAUCUGGUUCAUCUUCGUCGGUGAAGUUUCGCGCUCGCGGGCCCCGAUCGGUCCCACCGGUACGUUAAAAGAAAAAAAACAAAAACAAACAAAUCCGAAACAUGGACGAGAUUUUCGCCUCCGGGUGUCCGGCUCUGACGGGCUACUUCGCCAUAAACGGGGCCCCGAUCAUCGGGGCCCAACCGAUGAUCAACUCGUCGUACCUCUCGCAGCUGACCUGGGCCUUUCCGAUACCCCGGUACAAACCACCCCCGAGGUACGAGAAGCCCCCGUAUUCGUACAUCGCCCUGAUCGCGAUGGCGAUAAAUUCAUCGCCGAAACAGCGGCUCACCUUGUCGGGGAUAUACAGGUUCAUCAUGGAGAGGUUUCCGUAUUAUCGGGACAACCGGCAAGGCUGGCAGAACAGCAUCAGGCACAAUCUUAGCCUGAACGACUGCUUCGUGAAGAUACCGCGCGACAAGGCGAACGUCGUCGAGGGUGAACAUUGCGGUGGAAAAGGUAGCUAUUGGGCGCUGGAUCCUUCAGCUAGCGAAAUGUUCGAGCAUGGGAAUUACAGGCGAAGGAGGACUCGGAGGCAAAGAAAUUUCUCCCAGCAUAAACAUCAGGCGAACUCUGCUGCUGGCGUGCCGAUGAGUCCCGACUUUCUGGUACCGACGUCGACUAGCCGUCUUCAAGAACAUUUCGCACCAGAACAAAACUGUAGCGAAGCGCCGCGAAACGUUGCAUCAAUGUUUGAUCAAGAUGCGAGAAGAAGAGACGAAACAAAGUAUACCAGCCCUCCGGAGCGAUGCAUCAAGUCGACGAUGUUCACGAUCGACAACAUCCUGAGAAAGUCACCGGCGCCGAUUGCCUCCAAGGCGACUUCAGUGACGAACGAACUCAUAGAAGAUAUAAAAAUCGACGAUAAAAACUUUUCUCUGCGGUAGGUGCUGAAGAAGAAACGGAAUGACGUAAUAUCUUCUCAACCUGCGGACACCAAUUAUUAUCUAUUAUUUAUAAAAUUCAAGAAUUUUACUAGGAAUUUGUCAAUCUUCGAAUUCUUAUCGACCAGGUAUAAAUACUACGGUAAGGAAUUGUAUGCAAAUUUCUGAGGUAUCCGCUUUGUGCUGAUGGAUAUGAUCGCACACAUAUGUAGUGAUGUAUGCUUUCGUAUAUCAAUUUGCAUACGCUUAUACGCGAUCGGAGACAAUCUGACCUAAAAUACGUAAUUUUACAUCAUCGCUGCAUUUUUAUAAUGAGAAUUAAUUCGCAAUUAUCACUGCGAUUGAAAUUCUUGCAAAUUCGUUUGUCCGAAAAUUGACGUGUAGAAUUUCGUUAAAGUUUGCCAUCGUGCCUACUUUUCGUAAGAAAAUACCCCGCAAUCGUACUUGCAAAAAAAAAAAAAUCAUGGAAAACAUGCGCGAGAAUUUUAUUAAAAUGUCAGAACUGGGAAUGAAAUGAUUGUAGGAAAAAUGUCUGAGGAUCAUAUCGCCUUCAAAUGAAUAUUAAAUCGUAUUUAUUGUAUCAGAGGUUUUAUUAAAAUCAUAAUCACACGUCUCACUGAAAUGUCAACAUACAUUGUUUAUGAUUCAUAAACACAUCCAUAGCUUAUCGUCCAUAAAUUAUCACCGAAAUAAAAGAAUAUCUGGGUUUAUAAUCGAGGACAAAAAAAAAAAAAAAAUAUAUACCCGUACAAAUAUAUCUCACAGCUAGGAAAAGCAUCACUGGAAUAAAUAUUCCUUCGUUUUUAUAGGGUUGUACGUGAAAUAUUGUUAUUUGGCGCAGAAAUGUGAUUGUAACUAGCACACAAUACCCACCGUGAAAUAACAUCGCUAGGCGAAAACGGUAUAACGUUUGCAGUGGAUAAAACUCGCGGUUAUAUACAUGUGCGCGGUGGUGUUUAGGGAUUAUUUAACGACUGUUGCGAU